AGUUAGAUGCGGAAGAGGUCGUCAUGAUGAUGGUGGAAGGGUUGACUUGUCGCUGUUUAUGUUUGGAAAUUAGGGAAUGAAUCAAUGCGGAAUACAAGACACGACUCAGAAUUGCACUAAUCAACACUGAGGGUGUUCGAUAUGUUGGAGUCUUACGUCACUCCCUUGUUGAUGAGCUAUGUGAAUCGCUACAUUAAGAACCUGAAGCCCUCAGACCUGCAGCUGUCUCUGUGGGGAGGAGAUGUGGUCCUCAGCAAGCUGGACCUGAAGCUGGAUGUCCUGGAACAGGAGCUGAAGCUGCCUUUCACCUUCCUCAGUGGCCACAUCCAUGAGCUGCGCAUCCACGUGCCAUGGACCAAACUGGGCUCAGAGGCUGUGGUCAUCACCAUCAACACCAUGGAGUGCAUCUUAAAGCUGAAGGAUGGAGCUCAGGACGACCACGAGAGCUGUGGCUCCAGCUCCACCGGCCGCAGCACCUCAGAGAGCAGCAAGGCCCUGGCCAAGCCCCGCCGCGUCCAGCAGGCCGCUCCCACCGACCCCGACCUGCCCCCAGGGUACGUCCAGAGCCUCAUCAGACGGGUGGCCAACAACGUCAACAUCGUGGUCAACAACCUCAUCCUGAAGUACGUGGAGGACGACAUCGUGCUGUCCGUCAACAUCACCUCGGCCGAGUGCUUCACGGUGGACGAGUUCUGGGACCGCGCCUUCAUGGACAUCUCGGCUCCUGAUUUGGUACUGCGGAAGGUCAUCAGUUUCGCCGAUUGCACUGUCUGCCUGGAUAAGAGAAACGCCAGUGGGAAGAUCGAGUUCUACCAGGACCCCCUGCUCUACAAGUGCUCCUUCCGAACCCGCCUGCACUUCACUUACGAUAACAUCAACUCCAAGAUCCCGGCUUUCAUUAAAAUCCAGACCAUGGUGGAGAGCCUGAAGCUGUCCAUCACUGACCAGCAGCUGCCGAUGUUCAUCCGCAUCAUGGAGCUGGGCAUCGCCCUGUACUACGGCGAGAUCGGCGGGCCCAAGGAGGGCGAGGGCGAGGAGCCAGGCGUCCACGCCAGGGAGACCGCAGUGAGCAUGCCCAGUGUGGACGGCGAAGGGGAGGUCAAGGCCCUGGGGGGGCCGUACCCCAACCCGGAUCUGUACGUGCCGGGCGGGGAGGAGGACGAGCAGGGCUGGGUCUCCUGGGCGUGGUCCUUCGUGCCCGCCAUCGUCAGCGUGGGCGAGGAGGAGGGGGAGGAAGGCUACUACCCGGAGGGGGAGGAGGGAGGCCUCCCCCGCAGCCCCCAGCACCACACGCCCAAGGACCCCGUGGUGUCCAUCGGCUUCUACUGCACCAAGGCCUCCGUCACUUUCAAGCUCACUGAGAUGCAAGCCGAAAGCAGCUACUACAGCCCCCAGAAGGUGAAGUCCAGAGAAGUGCUUUGUCUGGAGCAGGAGGGAAUCACCAUUGAGGUGCUCAUGAUGGGAGAGCCUUUCUUCGACUGUCAGAUCGGCUUCGUCGGCUGCCGAGUGCUUUGCCUGAAGGGCAUCAUGGGAGUCAAGGACUUCGAGGAGAACAUGAACAGAAGCGAAGAGGAUGCUGUGUUCUUCAGGUGUGGGGAGAGCCUCAGCAGCAAGGGUAUGACCUACCUGACCAACUCCCUGUUCGACUACCGCAGUCCGGAGAACAACGGGGUCCGAGCAGAGUUCAUCCUGGAUGCCAACCUCCACAAGGAGACCUACACGGAGAUAGCCGGCAUGCAGCGUUUCGGAGCUUUCUACAUGGAUUACCUUUACACAAUGGAGAACAACAGCAGCAAAGACUGUGUAGGCCAGCAGGACUUCUCCCCAGUGGGCAGGGAGGAAGCGCCCCUCCCGGUGCAGGAGACCUCCGUGAAGAGGCUGGUGGUGGGUCCUCUGGACGUGCGACUAAAUAGCAGCGCCGUGCACCGCAUCCUCAAAAUGGUGGCCUGCGCCCUGGACCACGAGUACGAGCCGUACUGCAGACCCCAGUCAGAUGUGGUGGAGGACUCUCGGCCUCCUCCCGGCCCUGAGGAGGUGGCCGCCCUGGAGGAGUUCAUCCCCACGCGCCUGACCUGCCUCACGCUGCUCAAGGUCAACGUAUCCGUCUCCAUGGCCGAGUUCAACCUGCUGGACGCCCUGCUGCCCGCCAUCAUGGGACAGAAGACCUCCACAGCCCCGGUGAACGUGCCGGUCUUCCAGCCCAUGAGGCCCCUGCCGGCCUUCUGUAUCCAGGUGGACAAGGUGAACCUGGAGCACUCGGUGCCCAUGUACGCCCCUGAGCUGGUCAGCACCGUCAGCAGCCUGAGCCAGCCCUCCGACAACCUGCUGCACCACUGCUACACCCACUGCUACCUCAAGGUGUUUGGGUUCCAGGCAGGCCUGAGCUCCAUGGACAGCGACGGCUCCUUCCUGCCGCUGACUCCCAUAAUCCCAUCCUUCAGCACGGCGCUAUACGGCAAGCUCCUCAGACUACCUGCAUACUGGACCAAGAGGUCUUUUGUUCCCGUCACCGAGUGUAUUUUUGAACUCCCCCACUUCACGGUACAAGCCACCAGGGCUCAGACACUCCUGCUGCGAGCGAUCUGCCAGAGCUGGACACACUGCCUGGGAAACGGAGCCUCCCCCGGGGUCAAUGAAGCCCUGCUCAACGAGGUCUACAAAGCGUCAGGUGUGAAAUCUCCCAGCCCGUCGCCGACCCUGGAGGCCUCCGUCCAGAACGUGGAGCUGAAGUACUGCAGCCGGGCCACGGUGCAGUGCGCCUCUGGGACCGUGGGGGCCGUAAAAGUGUGCGCCAGAACCCCAGCAGGGCCAGCUGACGGUGGGAAGGAGAAGCUGGUUCCGCUCAUCCAGGGCCCGUCUGACACCAAAGAGUUGCACAUGAGGAAGUGGCUGAACGAGAUCCGCAAACCCGAGUCCCUGCUGGCCCCUGACCUCCUGGCCUUCUCCGUACAGGUGCCCCGGCAGGGCCACGACAGCAGGAACUCAGGCGCGGUGCUGCUGGUCAGUGUCCAGGGCGUGGCAGUGAAUGUGGACCCUGUGGUCUGUGCCUGGCUUCUCCACCAGCCGCAGAAGGGGAGCAGCAGAAUGCAGCAGCAGCAGCAGGCCCCUGGAUUGGUUCCCAUGGUAAUUCCAGUGACCAAAAGGAGGGAGGACGAGGCCUCGGUUGGCAGCACGCCCCUGGCCAAGCAGCCCUCCAACCAAGCGUCGGACUACACCAGCAGCCCCGUCAAAACGAAGACAGUCACAGAGUCGCGGCCCCUGUCCCUGCCCAUGAAGGUGAUGCCGGUGACCCCGGAGCCCUGGGGGUCCUCAGAGGAGCGCAUGAAGGAGCUCAUCACUCUGAUGUGGGACGCAGUGAAACGACUCACGCUGCAGCUGGAGCUGCAGUCGUGCUGCGUGUUUCUCCCCAACGACAGCCUGCACUCCCCCAGCACCAUCAUCUGCGGGGACAUACCGGGCACCGUGCGCAGCUGGUACCACAACCAGGCCAGCAUGCCCGGCACCCUGGUGGUCUGCCUGCCCCAGAUCAGGGUCCUCAGCGCCGGGCACAAGUACAUGGAGCCCCUCCAGGAGAUCCCCUUCGCCGUGUCCAGACCAAUCCUGGAGGAGGGUGAUGCCUUCCCCUGGACGGUGAGCCUGAGUCAGUUCAGCGUGUACACCCUCCUGGGGCAGCAGCUCUCCCUCAGCCUGCUGGAGCCCAUGGGCUGCACCUCCACGCUGGCCAUCACCUCCCACAAGCGGCAGGGCGCAGGGCCCGAGGGCCGAAGCGCCUUCAUCGUCUGCCUGCACGUGGACCUGGAGCCGCUGCAUGUGAAGUGCUCCAACCCGCAGGUGCAGCUGCUGUAUGAGCUGGGGCACAGCUGGAGCUCCACCUGGGCGCGGCUGCAGAAGAGGGGCAUCCUGCGCCCGACGCCCUGCUGCCCUGAGCCCCCCCCGGGGGCCCCCUCCUCCCCCGUCCGCAGCAGCGCCGGCACCGCCCCGCCCGACACCAGCACCUGCAGCCCCUCCGCCGACUUCGGCUCCCCCACCGAGGGGGAUUCUGUGCCGACUGGCGACGACUCCCCGUUCUCGGACACGGUCACCCUGGAGCAGAAGACCAGCAGUAUCGGGGGGUCCAGUGGGAAGGUGAGCCUCUGGAUGCAGUGGAUGCUACCAAAGGUCACCGUCAAGCUGUUCGCCCCCGACCCGGCUGCCAAGCGACCAGAGAUCUGUGUGAUCAGUGAGAUGGAGGACCUCAGCGCCUCUGUGGACGUGCAGGACGUGUACACUAAAAUCAAGUGCAAAGUGGGCAGCUUCAACAUCGACCACUACAAGAGCAGCCCAGAGGAAGGGCCCCACUGUCUAGGCCACUGCAGAGGGGCGGUCCUCUCUUGCACUGACAAGCUGAACAGACGCACUGUGCUGGUUCGACCCGUCAGCAAGCAGGACCCUUUCAGCCACUUCUCUGCCUUUUUUCCUCCUACGGCGGCGAAGGUGCUGGAGGUGUCCCACCAGCAGCACGGCUUCCUCUCCAUCACCUACACCCAGGCGGUCACCAAGAACGUGCGCCACAAGCUGACCACCCGCCAGGAGCGGGGGCCCCGCGGGGCCCAGCGGCUGACCGAGGGGCAGGCCGACGGCUCGCCCCAGUACCUGCGGGAGAUCCUGCUCACCGCCCAGCCUUUCGACGUGGUGCUGUCCUGCCCCCUGCUGGCCACCGUGGCGGGGGUGUUCCAGGUCACCCUGCCCCGCCGGUUCCGCGACAGGGGCAGGUCCUCGGGCCAGCCCAUGAGGAGCCACAUUCUCACCUCCCGGAGCCUGCCGCUCAUCUACAUCAACACCAGCGUCAUCCGGAUCUUCUGCCCCGGGCCGCAGGACACGGAGGCGCCCGCAGAAUCCCACCUGAAGAAAGAGGACACCCUGGUCCUGAAGAUUGGCUCUGUCAGCAUGGCCCCUCAAGCCGAUAACCCUCUGAGCCGAACCGUACUGCGCAAGGAUAUCUAUCACCGCGCCCUAAACCUGGGAAUCCUGCGGGAUCCGGGCUCCGAGGUGGAGGACCGGCAGUACCAGCUGGACCUGCAGUCCAUCAACAUCGGCACCGCCCAAUGGGAGCAGCUGAAGCCCGACAAGGAGGCGACCAAGGGGGGCGGGCUGGCCGAGAGCGAGCGUAACUCCCAGAAUCCCGCGCUGGAGUGGAACAUGGCCAGCAGCAUCCGACGGCACCAGGAGAGACGGGCCAUCCUCACGCCCAUCCUGACCGACUUCUCCGUGCGAGUCACCGCCGCGCCCGCCAUCAUAUUCAGCAAGCCCGUUUCCCCCGACAACGCCCAGGUGGAGGAGAUCGUGGUGUGCGGCCAUUCCCUGGAAGUCAACAUGACCACGAGCCUGGACUUCUUCCUCAGCGUGGCCCAAGUUCAGCUCCUGCAGCAGCUCCUGCAGGCCAACAUGGUGGGGAGCGAGGGGCCUGAAACAGCUACUGAGGUGCGGCGUCAGGAGCAGCAGUUAAGCUCCGCCUCCCGGCCCGGGAACGUGGACGCCUCGUCGCGCCACAGCGGGGCGCAGGACAGCGGUUUCGGCAGCGACAGCGCACGCAUCCGCAUCGUUCAGAUCGAGCAGCAGAGCGGAGCCAGCCAGCACCGCAUCGCCCGGCCCUCCCGCAAGUCCACCAUCGUCAAGAACCUCAGCUUCAUCCCCUUCGACGUCUUCGUCACCGCCAGCCGCGUGUCCAUCAUGACCUACGCCUGCGUCAGCUCCCCCCGGUCCUGCCACGACCCCGACCCGGACCCCAACUCCGGCCCUGCUCCCGAGAAGAAAGAGGGCGAGAGGCCGGGGAAGAGCGCCCUGAACGUGCCGGGGGAAACGCGGCCGGACCCCGCCGCCCAGGCCAGCAUCUCCGUCCUCACCGCCGAGGACCUCCUCAACAGCAACGUCUCGGCCCCGGGGCCCAGGGCCGGCGGGGGCCUGCUCUCCCUGGAGAGUCUGAGCGCCCCCAGCCGCUCCUCCGCCCGCCAGGCCCUUGGCAUCACCAUCGUCAGGCAGCCCGGCCGCAGGGGAGCCGGGGACCUCCAGCUGGAGCCCCUGCUCUACCUGCAGGUCUUCCAGCCCUCCGCCCUGGUCAGCUGCCACCACCGCAAGCAGAGGCUGGAGCUGUCCGUCUUCGACGUGGCCCUCAAGGGCGUGGCGUCCGACUACAAGUGCCUGGAUGCAGGGAAGACUCUUCCGGAAGCGCUGGACUACAGCGUGUUCUGGCUGCAGACGGUGGCGGGAGAGGCCGACGGCAAGUCGGGGAUCCCCCCUCCCCUGCUCUGCCUUCAGAUCACAGACUUCCUCAACGGGCCAGCGGAGCUGAACGUGGAACUCUCGCGCCCUCUGAAGGUCAACCCGACCCUGGCCAAACUUGAGCAGACCAAGGUCUUCCUGAGCAAGAUCUUCCCAGAGGCUGAGAGCGAGGCUGACCCAGCCUCCUCCACCCCACAGUCCUCCCCCAGCAGAGGCACCAGCCCCUGGACCCCCCCUCACACCGAGAGCUCAGCGCAGGUCUCCAUGUCUCAACGCGCCCCAGGCUGGGGGAACAACCCGCUAGCUGCCCUCGCCCCCUUCCACAAGGUCUCCCUCCGCACGGCGCAGAUUGUCAUGGUCCUGGAGACGGAGGCUCACCCUGCACGGCCCAGCCUGACGGUGUCCGUAUCCGGGCUGACCGGAAGCCUCGUCAUGAGAGCUGGCCCAAAGUUGGCUGAUCCGGUGCAGGCGGCCUCCUUCCUGCUGGAGCUGCGGGACGUGCUGCUGAAGACGGGCCUGAGGGAGCGGCACCGCAUGCUGCUGGGGCCCUUCUGCUGCAGCGCCGACCUGGAGGCCAAGUGGUGCCGUCACAGCGGGAGCUCCGGGCCCGAGUCCGGCCCGCCAAAACUCCUGCUGGACCUGAAGGGGGGGCUCCUACAGGUCUUCUGGGGACAGGAGCACCUGAACUGCCUGGUGCUGGUGCACGACCACCUGCAGAGUUACCUGCAGAGAGGGGGUGUGCUGGAGUCAGAGCCUGAGGAUUUUAUGUCCUGCCCAGUGCCACCCCCAUCCCCCCCGGGCCCACCCUGCCCCAGGACGGAGCAUAGCUCAGACGACCUCCGGACCGGCCUCUUCCAGUACAUCCAGGACACAGCCUCCCAGAAGCUUCCGGGGACAUACGAGGUGGUGUUCUACAACGAGACGGACGACAGUCCCGGGGUAAUGUUGUGGCGCUACCCUGAACCUCGGGUACUCACCUUCGUCCGAAUCACGCCCGUCCCUUUCAACACCACCGAGGACCCCGACAUCAGCACCGCCGACCUGGGGGAUGUGCUCCAGGUGCCCUGCAGCCUGGAGUACUGGGACGAGCUCCAGCGCUCCUUCGUCCCGUACCGAGAGUUCAGCCUAUCGGAGAGCAGCGCCUGCGAGCUGCAGCUGCCCAGCGUCAGCCUGACCAACGAGCAGAAGGAGCUGGUGGCCUCCGACCUCUGGAGGAUCGUCCUCAACAACACGGCGGACGGGGGGGACGAGCAGAGCUCGGACAGCGAUUCGGGGUCCCAGCUCCCCUGCGACCAGCUGGUCUCCCCGACAGCGCUGGCGGCCUGCACCCGUGUGGACUCGUGCUUCGCCCCCUGGUUCGUGCCGUCGGUGGGGGUGUCUCUGCAGCUGGCUCAGGCCGAGCUGCACCUGUGCCACCACCUGGAGCAGCUGGGCACGGCCCCCGCCCGGCGGCUCCGCCCCUUCCUGCCGGACAGGAAGCUGCCGCAGGAGCAGGAGUACGCGGUGGCGGGCGCGCGGGAGCCGCGGGUGUACCUGCGGCAGUGGAGCAGCAGCAGCGGGCAGCUGUGCCAGGAGCUGCACUUCUCCAGCGAGCUGGACUGCAGGCUGCUGGAGUACCGCAACCUGACCCUGCUGAGCCUGGUGCAGCCCUUCAUCCUGCAGGGCCAGGCCGCCGCCUCCCGCUGCCCCCGACAGCGCCUGCUGGACGGCAACGUCUUCAUCGACCCCGUCUUCGUCAACGUCAGCCAGUACGCCAUCCACACGGUCGACACCGCCCUGCAGGCCUGGAAGCAGAACCAGGACCAGGACGCAGACGAGCUGGUCUUCAGCCAUUACGUGAUCUGCAACGACACCCACGAGACCCUGCGCUUCGGCCAGGUGGACACGGAUGAAAACGUCCUGCUGGCCAGCGUUCACAGCCACCAGUACAGCUGGCGUUCCCACAAGUCUCCACAGCUGUUGCACAUCUGCAUCGAGGGCUGGGGGAACUGGCGCUGGUCCGAGCCCUUCAGCAUAGACAACGCGGGCACCCUGCUGAGGACCAUCCAGUCCAAAGGCAGGACGGCCUCCCUCAUCAUCAAGGUCCAGCAGCUCAGCGGGGUACAGAAGCAGAUCAUGAUUUGCGGGAGGCAGGUGAUGUGCAGCUACCUGGGCCAGGACAUCGACCUGCGGGUGGUGCAGCACUACGUGGGGCCUGACGGGCAGACGGUGGUGAAGGAGCACGUGGACUGCCUGGAGGGCGGGCAGAAGCUGCCCUCCUACGUCCUGGAGGACGCUGAGAUGACGGAGCUGUGCGUGCGGGCGCGUGGGGACGAGGACUGGUCCCAGGACGUCCGUCUGGAGCGCCGGGAGAAGGGGAGCGGCUCCGUGGUGCAGGUUCCUUGCUCCAGUGGCUCCCUGCUUUAUGUUUGGUGCACCCUCCUCACCAUUGAACCGGGCUCCCACAUGCAGCAGAGAGUGGUGGUCUUCAGCCCCCUGUUCCUCAUGAGGAGCCACCUCCCCGACCCUGUCAUAAUCCACAUUGAGAAGAGGAGCCUGGGCUUGAGGGAAAGCCAGGUGGUCCUGGGACAGGGCCAUGAGGAACCCCUGCUCAACGUGGAGUCUGACCUCAUGCACCAUCUCACCUUCCAGGCCAGGGAGCAGGAGGACCCCUCGCAGUGCGCUGUGCCCAUAUCCUCCGGCCUCAUCAAGCAGAUUGUGAACAAGACGGCGGGCGGAGACGGCCAUGAGCUCAUCCUCUCCGACUUCUAUGGAGAGAAGAGCCCCACCCAGCCGCCCUGGCCCUACAUUAACAAGGAGUCUGACAGGCCGGACUCAGAGACCCUGACCCAGUGGGACAGCCCCAUGCAGGUGAAGCUCUCGGCCUGGAAGCCAGGCCUCAACACCCUGCUGGUGGAACUGCUGCCCUGGGCCCUGCUGGCCAACCGCUCUCAGUGGGACCUGUGGCUCUUCGAGGGGGAGAGGAUCGUGCUGCAGAUACCUGCGGGGAAGGUUAUCGUGCCGCCCAACUUUAAGGAGGCCUUCCAGAUCGGCAUCUACUGGGCCCAGACCAACACGGUGCACAAGUCCACGGCGCUGAAGCUGGUGCACGACCUGACGUCUCCGCGCUGGAAGGAGGGCACGGGAGGAGACGUGGUGACCCUGGACGAGGAGGGCGCGGUGGAGGCUGAGGUCACGCUGGGGGCAUUCCCCGGGCGGCAGAAGCUGUGCCAACUGUGCGUAACGUCGUGUGUGAGGCACGGCAUCCAGAUCCUGCAGAUUGAGGAUCGGACCGUCCUGGUGAACAACACGCCUCACCAGCUCUACUACAGACCCCUGCUGUCUGAGCACAACCUGGGAACAGCAGACCAGCCGUAUGACCCCCCCGACACUACAGUCUUCUCCCUCCCCCCUGGGGGUUCCCCGGCGCCCCCUCAGCCCGUGUCCGUGCCCUUCUGGGACCUGCUGAGAGAGGGCAGCUCGGCGGAGGUGGAGGCCCCGCUCCCAGUCAGGCACCUGCUCUUCAGCUGUGCCCCAGGGGCCGACUCAGGCUCCGGGGGCUGGAGUCUGCCGGUCCCCAUCCGGCCGGACUUCCCCCGGCAGGGCGUGGCAGCCCCCAGGGAGCCCUGCGUCCGCAGCGGCCUGGCCAGCAGGGCCUUGGUGCUGACCUACCAGGAGCAUUUGGGCAUCACCUACAUCAUGCUGAAUGAGGACCCCUGCCCCCGUCUUCUCAUCCACAACAAGUGCCCCAUCCCCCUCGUGCUGAAGGAGACCCUCAAAGAGACCCCUCGGACGCAGGUCUACCCUCGGCUGCUCCCCGCAGCCUCCUCCCUGCACCAUGAGCUGUACCACCACUUCUCCAACUUCCCCGACUGCCGGCAGAGAGAGGCCCUGCCCACCCUGCUGCUGAAGACCACCUCCGCCCUCCACAUCCCCUCUCCAGAGGAGUGGACCGACCCCAUCGACAUCAACUCCCCCGGCACACAGGUGGUUUUUCUCCCAGGCUUUGGCUGCCUGUACAUUGAUGUGCUACACCACGGAGGCACAAUAAUCCUCACUCUGGCACCAGAGGCCAGGGUGGAUGCAGUCAUCAGCCAGCAUGACAGGGUGUCCAGUCACGCGCUGGCCUUCCGGGUGCUGCUGUCCGAAGCCAGCCUGGCGCUGCGUGAUGACAUCACCAGCUCCACGGGCUCCGUGGAGCUCCUCCGCCUGACCCUGUCCAAACUGCUGCUCAGCCUGGCUCCCUCAGCCGACCCGGGGGGCCUGGCCGACCUCAGCUCCCUGGGCCUGGAGCUCCACUGCGCCAGCCUGCAGGUGGACAACCAACUGUACAACCGCGCCAGCUUCCACUUCCCCGUGCUGCUGUGCCAGGAGCAGAGGGCCGAGCCGGCCCCCUGGACGCGCGACGCCAACCCCACCGUCUCCCCCCGCGCCCUGGAGGAGUACCGCAGCGCCUGCUUCCUCCGCCUGGGCCUCACCCUCUCCGGGGACCGCAGCGUGGACCAGGUGGCCUUCCAGCUCAAGCCGGCCCGCCUGUACCUGGAGGACACCUUCGUGUACUACAUCAAGACCCUGUUCCACACCUACAUCCCGGACACGGCGCUGGGGAGGCGCAGGGAGCCGCGGGCCGGCGGGGUGGAGGUCCCGGAGAGGGUGCGGCAGUCGGUGCAGGCGCUGGUGCGGCCCCUGAGGCUGCAGAGGCUGUCCAUCCAGCCCGUCAGCCUGCUGGUCAGCAUCCACGCCUCGCUCAAGCUCUACAUCGCCUCCGACCACACGCCCCUGUCCUUCUCCCUGUUCGAGAGGGGCCCGCUCUGCACCACCGCCCGCCAGCUGGUGCACGCUCUCGCCAUGCACUACGCCGCUGGAGCGCUGUUCAGAGCUGGUUGGGUGGUGGGCUCUCUGGAGAUCCUGGGAAGCCCUGCCAGCCUGGUGCGCAGUAUUGGGAACGGCAUCGCCGAUUUCUUCCGCCUGCCCUACGAGGGCCUGACCCGGGGGCCCGGGGCCUUCGUCAGCGGGGUGUCCCGAGGGACCACGUCUUUCGUCAAGCACAUCUCCAAAGGGACCCUGACCUCCAUCACAAACCUGGCGACCAGCCUGGCUCGGAACAUGGACCGGCUGUCCCUGGACGAGGAGCACUACACACGGCAGGAGGAGUGGAGGAGGCAGCUCCCAGAGAGCCUGGGGGACGGCCUGAGACAGGGCCUGUCCCGCCUGGGCAUCAGCCUGCUGGGGGCCAUUGCUGGCAUCGUGGACCAGCCCAUGCAGAACUUCCAGAGGACGUGGGACAUGCAGGGAUCCGCUGGCAGCAAAGCCAAGGGUGUCAUCUCUGGAGUGGGGAAGGGCAUUGUGGGAGUCUUCACCAAGCCUAUAGGGGGAGCCGCUGAGCUGGUCUCACAGACCGGAUAUGGCAUCCUGCACGGGGCUGGCCUCUGGCAGCUGCCUAAACAGCUCUACCUCCCUGCCGAGGAAAAGUCUGCCCAGGCACCCAACAGUCACGUCAAAUACGUCUGGAAGAUGCUGCAGUCUCUGGGCCGGCCGGAGGUGCACAUGGCUCUGGAGGUGACCAUCGUGAGCGGCUCGGGGCAGGAGCACGCGGGCUGCCUGCUCCUGACGGGGGAGGUGCUGUUCGUGGUGAGCCUGAGCGAGGACACUCAGCAGCAGGCCUUCCCCGUCACGGAGGUGGAGUGCCAGCAGGAGCCGGGCCAGGACGGCCUGCUCACCCUCAGCCUGCGGCAGCACCGGGUCCACAGCGACGCUGAGGGCGACGGUGGCAGGGAGAGGCUGUCAGAGCAGCAGUACCACCGCCUGAUGGACUACGUGACCCGGGCCUCACAGCACCUGUCCCCCUCCAACACCUCUCUGCACCAGCAGCAGAACCCCCCCGUCACCCCCGCCGAGCCCCCGGCAACCGUCACCAAAACCUACCGCUACCUGGUGGACCCGGCCUUCGCCCGCGUCUUCGUCAGCAAGUUCACCACAGUGAAGAACAGAGCCCUGAGGAUCGGCUUCCACUGACACACCUAUGCACCUGUCAGGUCACGUCUGCCAGGGUGUGUGUGUGUGUGUGUGUGUGUGUGUGUGUGUGUGUGUGUGUGUGUGUGUGUGUGUGUGUGUGUGCGCGUGUGUGUGUGUGUGUGUGUGUGUGUGUGUGUAUGUGUAUGUAUGUAUGUGUGUGUAUGUAUGUGUGUGUAUGUAUGUGUGUGUAUGUUGUGUGUGUAUGUUGUGUGUGUGUGCGUGCGUGCGUGCGUGUGUGUGUGUGCGCGUGUGUCUCUGUCUGUGCGUGUGUGCGUGCGUGCAUGCGUGCGUGCGUGCGUGCGUGCGUGCGCAUGUAUGUAUGUAUGUAUGUGUGUGUGUGUGUGUGUGUGUGUCUGUGUGUGUGUGUGUGUGUGUCUGUGUGUGCGUGUCUGUGUGUGUGUGUGCGCGUGCGUGCAUGUGUGUCGCUCCUACAUGUUAUGGUAGCAUCAGUACUCCAGCUCCACCCUCAGGCUGAGUCUGAAACUGCAUACUGCUCUCUACUCAUACUACUCUACUCAAUUUAAGGCUGAUUGUCAGUGAAAUGUAGUAUGCUCAGUAUGCGAUUUCAGAGCAGCCAUAGUCUUAGUGGAAAUGACGGGUUCAGAGUAAUGAUACUCAGAGCAUACUAUGUACUGGAUCAAAGAAGGGAAGGAUUUAUUCUAAAAUGUAUGAAAGUGAUUUGUAAAAACUUGUAUUCACAUGGAAAGUUUGAAUAUUUUGAUAGAGAAAGUUCAUACAUAAUGUUUUUUUUUUGGUUAGUUUCUUUUUCUUUGUCUGUUUUUUUGUAAACACUAAAGGUUAGAAGUAAAACCAGCCAGAGGCCUGAUGGUCAUCAUUGUGAGGUGCCUGAACUUGUGCUUUUUAUAACUGCAAAGUGCUUUAGUUCUCUUCAUUCAUUUAUUCACCGUUUACAGCACUUGUACUUCCUAAUAGAAAUUUAGCACAUCAUUUAUUUUCACAUGCCAGCAUAUGUGCAAUACUCUGAAAGUUAAAGAGCAGCUUCGUUGAGAUCUGAGCUUCAACCAAAAUAUACUUGUACUUGUUAUCCAUGUUUACUGAAGGUCUAGUACCUUGAUGCUAGAAGGGGCUUUUUUCUUCCACCAAAUGGCUUCAUCGAGAGUUUAUACUGUUAUUUUUUUACAAUCAUCUCUGCCAAGUCUGCUUAUAUGAGAAUGGGUUAUAUUAAUGACAUUGCCUUUUUGUUAAAUUUGUUUAAAAAAAGUCUGCAUUUGUGUAUGUACUGUAAGGAAUCAUACUUUUGUAAAGCCGCCUAAUGCUUUUAAUUUAUAUAUAAAUGAUAAUCAGAAGUAUUAAUACUUAAAAUAUUUAAUUAUAUUAAAAUAUUUGUUUAAUGUGA